UAUGGCUAUAAAUCUCAGGAAUCCUGUACAUGGAGCAAAGAAGUGUGUGACCCAAACAUUGGAGGAAACAUCAUUAUGUGUCCGCAGUGUGACAAAGAGUGUACAUACUGGUACCUUAAUAUCACCUGUAGUUCAUCAAAGACGCUUUGUAUAUUUGACAGUUUUGGCACACUCAUAUUUGCAGUCUUUAUGGGAAUAUGGGUUACCUUAUUCCUUGAGUUUUGGAAGCGCAGACAAGCUGAGCUUGAGUAUGAAUGGGACACAGUUGAGUUUUUAGAACAAGAAGAACAGCCUCGUCCUGAAUAUGAAGCAAAAUGUACUCACGUAGUUGUGAAUCCAAUUAAUCAGCAAGAAGAACAUGUGCCUUACACAACCUGUGGAAAGUGUCUGAGGAUGGCCUUCUGUACAAGUGCUGUGUUUUUCUGGAUUAUGUUGAUCGUUGCAUCAGUAGUUGGAAUUAUUGUGUAUCGACUUUCUGUUUUCCUGGUAUUUUCUGCAACCUUACCAAGACAAAUCAGUGGAAAAGAAGCUAUCCAGAAAUACCUGACUCCACAGGCAGCCACCACUAUCACAGCAUCAAUCAUCAGCUUCAUCAUUAUCAUGUUGCUGAAUAUACUCUACGAGAAGGUGGCAAUAAUGAUCACAGAUUUUGAACUUCCAAGGACAAAGACAGAAUAUGAAAACAGCCUUACCACCAAGAUGUUUCUAUUCCCGUUUGUCAACUACUACUCUUCUUGUUUCUACAUUGCGUUCUUUAAGGGGAAAAUUGUAGUAGGCUACCCUGGAGAUCCAGUGUAUUGGUUUGGAGAUACCGUAAUGAAGAGGUGUGAUCCCGGUGGAUGUCUUCUUGAGCUUACAACACAACUGACAAUUAUAAUGGGAGGCAAAGCUAUAUGGAAUAAUAUUCAAGAAAAUUCUUCUACCGUAAGCCCUUUACUAUUAAAUAAAAAAAAAGCACAAAGGAAAAUAGAAACAAUUAAGCCAAGAUGGGAACAGGAUUACCAUUUACAACCUAUUGGAAAAUUGGGAUUGUUCUAUGAAUAUCUUGAGAUGGUAAUCCAGUUCGGAUUUGUCACCUUGUUUGUGGCAUCAUUUCCACUUGCACCUCUGUUGGCACUUGUGAAUAAUUUAUUGGAAAUUCGGGUUGAUGCCUGGAAGCUCACCACCCAGUCCAGACGCAUGGUACCAGAGAAAGCACAGCACAUUGGAGCCUGGCAGCCAAUCAUGCAAGGAGUAGCCAUACUCGCAGUGGUGACCAAUGCUAUGAUCAUUGCCUUUACAUCUGACAUGAUACCACGUUUGGUCUAUUACUGGUCUUUUUCUGUACCUCCUUAUGGCACCUAUUCAUCUAACACCAUGGAGGGAUACAUUAACAAUACUCUUUCAGUAUUCAGCAUAUCGGAUUUCAAGAAUGAAAGCAGACCAGUCCCUCCAGUAUGGUUUCAGAAUCAAACUACAUGCAGAUACCGUGAUUUCCGUUAUCCACCUGGCCAGGAACAUCAGUAUGAGCAUAGCAUAUUAUACUGGCAUGUCAUUGCAGCCAAGCUUGCUUUUCUCAUUGUCAUGGAGCACAUUGUCUACUUCGUCAAGUUUAUAAUAUCAUACAUUAUCCCGGACAUUUCUGAUGAAACGAAAGACAAAAUCAAGAGAGAGAAGUACCUUACACAAAAGCUUUUACAUGAGAGACAUCUGAAACUUGUGAAAAAACAAAUUGGAGGUCUAGCAGACAAAAUUUUUAAAGGAAUGGACAACAUUGGUAUCAAGAAAUCUGACUAG